AUGGGCUGCAGCUGCAGCAAAAACGAUGCGUUGGAGCCGCGCCGUCCGCUGCCAACAUUGUUGGGUGCUGUGCCGAAACACAGCGAAGCAUCAGACCCCAAAGGAGAGAAGGAUGCUGAGAAGGCUCAGGAGAAGGCUCAGAAGGCUGUUGAAGUUUCGUGCCAUGCCUCUGCAGGUGCGAAGUGGCAUUUGGAGCUGCUGGCUGUGAGCGCCGAACUGAAAGAAAAGCUGCAAGAUCCUCAGUUCGUGGCGACCCGCUGCGACUUGGAUGGCUCUGGUGAUCUCGAUGCACACGAGCUGAAGCAGGCGGCUAGGGUCUAUGGCAUCUCGCAGAGUGGCAGCUCCGAAAACCACGACGGCACCAAUCCUCGUCUCAUGGCUGGGCAACGCGUCAGCAAAGAAAGCUUCGCUGAAAUGGUGGCCUCUCAACGAAGAACAGUCCCGCACUCCUUGCGUGGAAUGGCAUUGGGCCAGCUUCAACAUCUUGAAGGAUUGUUCGUCAGAACUGGAUGGCUCUCUGCACGAUGUGAAUCCUUCAACGCAGAGAAUGCCCAUGCCAUUGCCAAAGGCACGAAGUUCAGACAAGAUACCAAUCUUUAUGCCUUGGACACCUUUGUGGUGACUCCAAUGUCGAAGCCAGGCACGUGUGGAGCCCGUGAACAUGAUGAGCAGCAGACCAUUGCCGAAGCACAUGGAAUUUCAUCCUUUUCACAACUGGUGAAUCCAUUCGGCCUGUUUGUUCACUGCUUUGUCUCCCAUUUUUGGGGACACAACUUCACAAGCACUGUCACGGCUCUUGACUUGUGGGCAGAUUCGAACUACGACAAGCUGACCUCGGAGAAGGAGGCCUUGGUCUACUGGAUAUGCCUCUUUGCGUUGAACCAGCACGACGUGGCGGAGGAGGUGGGGGAAAAUCCUCAGCAGGGGCCAUUCAACGCAGCACUGGCGCAAGCCACUGGUGGUGCAGUGAUGGUUUUGGAUGAAGAAGUGAAACCAUUUUCUCGCAUGUGGUGCCUCUUCGAGGCUUCUCGGUUGAAGGACUUGCACCGGCCCUUUGAACUGAUUUGCAGUGAGGGUUCCUUGUCCCAGCCUGAGAACGGUGGACACAAGGCUGUGAGCGCCAAGAUGCUGGAAACCACAUGCCAGGCCUUGUGGAACGUGUCCGCUGCCAAUGCUCAAAGCUCAAUAGCCAAGGACAAGUAUCAGAUUUGGGGAGAAACGGCCGACGAAUCCUUCAGGGGUUUCAUCAAGGGAGUGGGUGCCGAACGUUGGUUCAAUGGUGUUAUAGAUCAACAUGGGGCCGAUGCGUUGGCAGAUGUCUUCAGCGACUUUGAUCGCUACAUGAAGUCUCUACUCUCCACUACGGUGCUGAAGGUCCUGAUGGCUAGGGGCGACUUUGCUUCUGCGGCCACGUGCUGCCUUCAAGGAGCAGAUGUUAGUUCUGAGCAGCUGACAGAGAUUUGCGGCAGUUUUGCUGCAGCAACUGAGAGAUUAGCAUGGUUGAACAGCAUGCUGGUGUGGGCAUCGAAUCCAUCCAUGGCCAAGCUGCUUUUGGAGAAGGGUGCCGAUGCGACGGCAGCCAGGCACGAUGGCACCACAGCAUUGAUGUGUGCUGCUCGAGGUGGCCAUGAGGCCGUGGCCCACCUGUUGCUACAGCACGGUGCCGAUGCGACGGCAGCCAGGCACGAUGGCACCACAGCAUUGAUGUGUGCUGCUCGAGGUGGCCAUGAGGCCGUGGCCCACCUGUUGCUACAGCACGGUGCCGAUGUGGCGGCAGCAAGAAACGAUGGUUUCACAGCACUUAUGUUGGCUGCUCCAGGUGGCCAUGAGGCCGUGGCCCAGCUGUUGCUACAGCACGGUGCCGAUGUGGCGGCAGCAAGCAACUAUGGUGGCACAGCAUUGAUGUGGGCUGCUGUAGCUGGCCAUGUCGCCGUGGCCCAGCUGUUGCUACAGCACGGUGCCGAUGUGGCGGCAGCAAGCAACGAUGGCACCACAGCACUGAUGGCGGCUGCUGCAGGUGGCCAUGAGGCCGUGGCCCGGAUGUUGCUACAGCACGGUGCCGAUGUGAAGGCAGCAAGCAACUAUGGUGUCACAGCACUGAUGUGGGCUGCUGACGGUGGCCAUGUGGCCGUGGCCCAGCUUUUGCUACAGCAUGGUGCUAAUGUGAAGGCAGCAACAAACAAUGGCAUGACAGCACUGAUGGUUGCUAGGGCAAACCGUCAUGAGGCUGUGGCUAGGCUGCGCGAACCGUUGAAAACGAGGUACUUCAUUCAAUCGCAGACAGUGAGCGCGGGAUACAAAGCAUUUCAGCUGAUUAAGCAGAAUUUCGAGAACUUGACGCAGAACUUUGCUUGUCAAAAUCCACAUUCGUUUUUGGCUAGCUCCGCCUCGCUGGGAAAAAGACCAGUGACUUACAGCAAGGUGCCCAGAGGUGGAAUAGGCUACCAACGCCUGCCCACACUGAUGCAUGAGCUGAUUGAAGAUGUCAUCACUCUUCAGCAGGACCUCUGCAACUCUUUACAGCGCGUCACAUUUCCAUACCAUCCACCUCAGAUCGUAGGGCUUGGCGUUGCAUGGCAGACCUCCGGCGGGAAGGCAGAGGUGCUGCGGCGCACUUUGAAAGCUCGGAGGCAUCAGAGUGCAAUGUCAAUUUUUCAGCAAGGAAGGCAGGACCUCUUUGCAGAAGUGGAGCUAGCAGUGAUGAAGACCGGCGCCUUCAGUGGUGCAAAAAGUUUGGCAGAGUUUCAGUGCAGACAACUCGGGCGAUAUCCACUGCCAGGGAAGAAAAGCACCGGCACCACGGGGAAAGCCACGACUGCACCGGAGAUCCACAGCCAUGUGCCUGGCUUAGAGAACUGCGGCGGUGACAUCGAUCUUCGAAGCCACGCGGCACAGCCCUGGGACCCCAGCGAGUAUGUGGGGCAAACCCUGCAGGAAGCAGUUCGCAACCAUGGGCGAGUCGACUUGAUGCAGAAGAAGGACUGA